AUGAAAUACCAUCACGUAUCCAUUGCCAAAUACUGUCAGAUAUUAGAUAUUGAAAUGAACUCACUGGUCUCAGUCUCCUUCCCCAUCCCUCCAGUCAGACAAGAACAGGAAAUGCAAAAGGCUCUUCAUGAAGAUGACCAGGAGUCCUCAAAAGGCAGUUUGUACCAUGAUCCCAUUAGAAGGGAUUAUUUUAGUCAGCAACAAUUUCUGGCUCCAUUGGUACACCAAGAGCCAGAAAAAUCUACAGGGUCUCCAACAGACCAGAAAGGUACCCAAGAGGCAUCCCUGAGAUCUCUAGGGAACAGCAAUGAUCAGACUUCAAGAUUACAACAGCCUCCACUGGUUACCUCUUCCAAUCCUUGUGAAACCUCCACCAAUGGCACUAGCAAAGCACACAAGAACCAAUUACCAAAACAAGUCUUCCCAUGGAUGAAGGAGACAAGACACAGCACCAAGCAGAACAACAACCUCCUUUCUUCAGACCACAGCUCUCCACCAACUUUCUCCUCUUCCAAGAGAGUCCGCACGGCCUACACCCAUACGCAGCUGGUGGAGCUGGAGAAAGAGUUCCAUUUCAAUAGGUACCUCUGCCGGCCACGCAGGUUGGAGAUGGCCCGGUUGUUGAGGCUCUCCGAGAGGCAGAUCAAGAUCUGGUUCCAGAACAGGAGGAUGAAGUACAAAAAAGACAACCGGGCCAAGGGGAGUGUGAGAAAGUCCCCAAGCAGAAGCCCCCAAGUGAGUGACUACUACAGUCAGAUGGAGGCUGACUAUGAGAUGGCCUCCCCAAGCUCAUGUAGCAAGGCCCAGGGAGGGAUCUAUAGAUCAGCGGCUUAUGUAGAUCCUCUCUUUGACAGCCCCUUAACGUCCAUCUCCUUGGAAUAUGGCCCCCUCUCUGUACCAGGAGAAAGUCAUCAUUAUGGAUCUCCAGUUCUGCAAGGGAGUCCUGACGAGAUGGGAGAAAAUUACCUGGGAAAUGUGCCCGAGGCUGACUCACUCUUCAGCUUUCCUGACUGCUCCUCGGCAAACCUGGACUACAGCUGUGUUGCUGAAAUCCCCAGCCAUCGCCAGCUUGGGCUGUCCAACUCACAUCCCAUUUACACAGAUUUAACCACACAUCCUGUGCCUCAGGGAGAUUCUCAGGGACCUGUAAAUCUUAUGCAUCUGUGA